GUCAAACAAAUCCUUCUCUUCAACACCAUCUAACAUCCCAUCGCCGCAACUGUAAUUACACCGCCACCGCUCGCCGGAAAAAUUAACAAGUUUAAGCAAAUGGGUCUCUCAAGCGACGCUCACUCACACUACAAGACCCACAAACUCUUUCUCAUCAGCAAUUACAUCUUACUGGGGGCAGCCUCCAGUUGCAUCUUCCUCACACUCUCCCUCCGCCUUUUCCCCUCCGUCUCCGGCGGACUGCUUGUCCUCCUCCAUAUCAUCACCAUCGCCGGAGCCAUCUCAGGCUGCAACGCGGUGUCUGCCGGGUCAAACAAGUGGUAUGCAGCCCACAUGGUGGCCACUGUCCUCACCGCGAUUUUCCAGGGAUCUGUAUCUGUUCUGAUUUUCACGACGACUUCGAAUUUCUUGGCGGCGUUGAAAUCGUAUGUGAGGGAGGAUGAUGCGGCGGUGAUAUUGAAGAUGGCCGGUGGGCUCUGUGUUUUGAUGUUCUGUUUGGAAUGGUUGGUUUUGACUCUUGCUUUCUUCUUGAGGUAUUAUGCUUUUGUUGAAGGCAGCCGGACCGGCGGGAAGGUACAGGCGGAGGAGAACUCUAAGCCGGUGUGGUCACCACCCUUCCAAGUUUAGGGCUUGUGUUGAAGAAAGAGAUUUAAAAUUAUAUUAAAUUAAUUUUGUAUGUUUUAUUUAUUUGUUUAUUUUUAUAAUAUGCUGCUGCUGCUGCAGCUAUGUUUCAUUCGUUCAUUGAAUAUAUAUAUUUUAUAAAAGAAAUUCGUUCAUUUAUAUAA